UGCGGUUUCUUGAGUCCAGCUGUAACCGGUUACCGGAGACUCCGUCACAUACACGGCAGCGCUGUAUGGUCAAACACCACAACACUUAUUCUCCGGAGCGGCUUUAUGAUUAAGCUACAAUCUUCAAUGAGUAAGCAUAUUCCACAGUUCUGUGGUGUUUUGGGUCACACAUUUAUGGAGUUUCUGAAGGGCAGUGGCGAUUACUGCCAGGCUCAGCACGGCGUUUAUGCAGAGAAGUGAACGGCCGGCCUCGCUACCUCAUCAGAAGAGAGACUUGUGUUAGAGUUUUAACGUUGGCGGGAUCAGGCUUGGAGAGCAGGCGUCCACAGCGGUCGGCGGUUCUGGAUGGGGUAAAAAAAAUCUCUUGAAGUUCACUGCCCUCGCCGGCCCUACGUCUUCACUCUUCACCAGAGGACCAGCCUUGGUUUUUUUCUUUUCCUUUCUUUUCUUUUUUUUUUUUUUUUGCUAUUAAUCCCGUCACACCUCUUUUCUCCUAAUCGUAUCAGCCAGAUUUCUUUUGUUGUUAGAGAGAGUUUACUCCAUUUUUUUCCUUUGAGAUCUUCAAGCUAUUUCAAAAAGUCAAAAAUGGCUCGUAUGAAUAGACCUGCCCCAGUGGAGAUCACUUACAAAAACAUGAGAUUCCUCAUUACCCACAACCCCACUAAUGCCACGCUUCACAAAUUCAUUGAGGAACUGAAGAAAUAUGGAGUGACUACAGUAGUUCGAGUGUGUGAGGCCACGUAUGAUGCAAACCUGGUUGUUAAAGAAGGCAUUCAAGUUCUGGAUUGGCCCUUUGACGAUGGAGCUCCUCCAUCUAACCAGAUCGUUGAUGAUUGGCUGAAUCUUCUUCGGAUGAAGUUUAGGGAGGAGCCAGGCUGCUGUAUUGCCGUGCAUUGUGUUGCAGGCCUUGGAAGAGCUCCAGUUCUGGUUGCUCUGGCCCUGAUUGAGUGUGGCAUGAAAUAUGAGGAUGCAGUUCAGUUCAUUCGACAAAAGCGCCGCGGAGCAUUCAACAGCAAGCAGCUCUUCUAUCUGGAAAAAUAUCGUCCCAAAAUGCGCCUUCGAUUCAAGGAUUCCAACGGCCACCGCAACAACUGCUGCAUUCAGUAAAAGCUCGCGUGUCAGCCUUUCUCAAAUGUUUAAUGGGAAUUUGUAUCUAGCAUAGGUAGUUUGUUCUCUUAAUUGGUAACUGUGAAAAUGCUGUUACGAAAAUUAUGCUUAUUUCGUUACAAGUGUCCCCUGCCCUUCUCUUUUGUUUUUAUGUAUUUCCUGUGGAGAACCAAGGUUAAGCGCUUGUUUUGAACAUGAGCUUAGUGUUUUGCAAUGAGCUUUAUGUUGGUGAAACAUCUGCCAAACACGUAGUACAACAUUACAGCCUAAAUGGUUUAAUUAAAGAAUAAUUUCGUACAUUUUUUUUGUUGUUGAUGAUUUCAGUCAAUCAGUAAUAAACGCCUGCCUCCGAAAAGAUAAAAAAUAAAUGCCUUAUCACAGCAGAAAGACACCGUCUGGUGGAGGAGUUCUCGUGGCAUUUGGAGAGGUUUCUCAAAGAUGUUUUUUGCAGAAAAAAAAAAUUCAAGAAGAAAGAUUAAUAAAAAAUAUAUAGGAAAAUAAAACCUCUUUAUAUAAAUAUAUUGAAGGGUGGGGUACUACUUUUUGUUGUUUAUCCAAACUUUGUUUACCUAUUACUGCCAUGUCAAUAGUGUGAUGUUUGUGUUUUGGCUUAAAACUGGACCUCAAUGUCUGCGGUAUUUUUAUGCCUUUUUAUUUGAUGUGCGUAACUUAAUAUUUCAAUACUUGAUUUGCGUACGGUAUUUGAUUAUGUGUACUGUUAAACCACCUAUUUAUAUCAUUGGAUAUGUGUUUUAGUAUAGCAAGAAACAAGUUUGCCAAUUUGAGAGUACAAUAAAGAUACACUGAAGGAGCA